AUGGAAAAGUGGGAGCUGAAAGCGGGGGAAGGAGGCUACCACAGAAUUUCUGAUAGCAACUCUCAGAUUGUCACCACCACAUUUCCUCCCAAGGCAGAGAAGGAGAUCUUCGGGCGAGUUCCAAACUCAGAAGCCUCAACAUGGUGGAUUGUGGAUGAUGUAUCAGAAAAACAUGGGCAGGAUACCUAUGUGAUACGGGCGACCUCUAGGACGAGUCUUUGUUGGAGCCUCACAUCCGGAGAGGACGAGACUCCAGUGUAUCUGCAAGAGUUUAAACAGGCGACCCAGAAUGUAUGGAAGAUUGUCCGUGUUCCCGAGUCCCAUACGACCGAUCAAUCAUACACUCGAACGCUGGAUGCCGGCACGGAAUCUUCCGUAUCCAAGCCAGCACCUCAAGGUCGUGGUCCGAGACAUCAUGCGCAUAGGGGUUUAGAGGACAAUCGCGCUGACGAUUUUACCUCGUCACCUACUCCCGGAAGCCCCAUGGACAGCCGUCCGGGCACGCCAAGGCGUUCGACCACGGACCCGACCCCGUCCGCAGGAUUUGACUCACGACGACCUCCUGGAACUGAGGUUUCAGCAUAUUGUGAGCCGAUCGUCCAGCAACGUCCAAUGUGGAGCUCGAGUAAUGAGUCGAAUUGCGCUCUCGAAACUCAAAGGCGGUCUCCGUCGUUGACAGGAAAGGGCAACACCUCUUUCAGCGCGCCUGUCAUGUCUAAAGACUCAGACGACUACUCCCGUGACGUCAGGCGUGAUGGACCGGAGCUCACGCGCGGCAUGUCAUACCCGGCCCCUGCGCGAAGUUCAUUCAACGCACGCAAGACCGCCAAAGGCAAGUUUGCGGAUGACACACAGAGUCCUGACGACCGCUACGUCGCUCAGAAGACAACAUCGUGGCCACAUCCAUCGGAUAGAUCACCAAAUCAGCCAUCGCAGACCUCCAAUUUUUCAACUGUGCCGCAGCGCGGCAUGAAUAUAGCACUGGAAUCGAAGAAUCCAAACUCAAAUCUUGGUCGCACUGCUCAGUGGGGGGAGCCAGCUCCUGAGCUUGUAGACGCUGGCGAUGUGCCUCUCACGUCGCUACCAGACCACACAGCGAUAGGACGGCACAAUAGCACCAACAUUCCUUCUCAUUCGUACGAAUACGACUCGAGUCCAAGGAUGCAUCCCUCUUCCACUACCCUUCCGCGCCCUGCUAUGCCUUCCUCCGGGGCACGGUACCCGGCGCGAGGGUCAUCUCAACCUGACGAUCCCACUAUAUCCCACGCAGGUUUUCGAACGUUUGCAAAUCACGCGAAUUUCGCCCAACUUGGCCGUUAA